AUGAGACAGUUUUUGGUGAUUAUUUCGAUUUUCUUGAUCUUUAUAUGUAUUGUAUAUACACUUCCAACAACAACCAAAGCUCCUGAAGUUUACAAUUGUUCACCAAAAGAAGCAGAGGAGUUUGAAAAAGUAAGUUUUGUUUUUAAAUUAACGUAAGAAAUAUAAUCAUUAACUGUUCCAGAAUAUCGCUGAAUUUGAAAUUAGUUUCUUUCUCUCUCUUAUUCUCAGAAAAUUAAUUAUGAUUUCAACGACUUGUAAACAAUUUAUAAAUACAACAUCAAACUCAAGUUGUAAAUUGGUGAACAGGGAAAAAGAAAUGGAUUUAAAAAAUGCAUGCGCUAAAAUGAUCUAUGCCGUUGAUGAAUUUACAGAUUGUGCGAAAAUUCUUGAAAAAGAUAAUUCAACGUGUUAUAAUACUAUGAAAGAUAUCACUUUAAAAGAAAAAAGAGUGAGUUUUGUGCUUUUGUUUGUUGCAUCUGGAAAAAAAGAAUACUAUUUUAGGAAACUAACAUGACUGAUAUUUAUUACUGUAACAAUGUUCUUGGAGAAGGAAAUUGUAUGAGAAAGUUGAUAAUUGAAAAAUGUGGAGAAAAACAAUGGCAAGGAUACAAAACAGCUUACUCGACUGCAGAUCCAUUUUGUGAUUUUAGUCAACUGUAA